AUGGUUGUUGAGUACAUAUUACAAGCAGUUGGUGUUUUUGGAAUUGUAUACGUUGGCUACAGGAUUCUCAAAUUGUCGUGGAACUUGUUUUAUCCAUAUGUUUUUGGUUGCACAAGGAAUUUGAAGAAACUGGCUGGAGCUAAUGUGGCUGGUAAGUUAAUUUCUUAAAUGUCUAUUAAAAAUUUAGUGAUAACUGGAGCUACGGAUGGUAUUGGCAAGGCUUUUGCCUUUGAGUUGGCUGCAAAAGGUUUUGAUUUGGUGUUGGUUUCACGAACUCAAAGUAAAUUGGAUCAAACUGCGGCUGAUAUUGGGAGUGCAUAUGAUAAUAUCAAAGUAGACACGAUUGCUUUCGAUUUUUCUGAAACUAAUGUUGAUGUAUAUCAAGAAAAAUUGUUCAACGAGUUAGAUAAAUACCAAAUUGGGGUUUUAGGUAAGGUUUUUGAAGAUUUUAUAUUGUUUUAGAUAUUAACUUACUUUAAGUCGGAAUUUAUUUGUUUUUAUUUAUAACUUUUUUGAAAAGGUUAAAGACUUGAAUUUUUGAGGCAUUAUAGAUUAUUCUUUGUGUCAACUAACUAAAUUCAGUUAAUUUUUUAAUUUGUUUGUUCUGUAAAGUUAUGACGACAUAAAUUCUUCCUAUACCUAUACCAAAAAUUAAUAUUAUUUUUGCUGUCUAAUACCUACGAAUUUCAGUGAACAAUGUUGGAAUGGCGCCAGAAUAUCCAGACAUUUUGUCUGAGUUGCCAUACAAAGAGAUCUCAAACGUUUUGGAGAUAAGCGCGUUACCUACAACAAUGUUAUGUGCGAAUGUGCUAAAACAGAUGAAUAACAGGCAUAAGGGUGUGGUAAUCAACGUCUCAUCGGCCGCUUCAAAACACACUUUAGCCUAUUGGAGUGUGUAUUCGGCUUCAAAGAUGUACGUUAACUGGUUAAGCGCUAUUUUGAGGAAGGAAUAUAGUGGUAGUGGCAUUACUAUACAGACCUUGACGCCUAUGAUGGUGGCAACGAAAAUGGCGAAGAUGGACAAGACUGGGUUGUUCGUGCCUUCUGUAAGUUGCUAUUUUGUUUUUUGUUGAAAUUUUAGGUUUGGAAAGAGUAGAAGUGGAGGAUUUGGUUAAAAGUACCAUGAAUAACAUCAAAUAUUGAAGGUCUUUUUUAGUUUUUUUUUUUGGUCUAACUUUUAUUAAAGUUGCCCUAAAGACUUGAAACUGUGUCUAAAAGCAGAUAAUUUACCUUGUUACCUAAACGAAAAAACAAAAUUUUGAAAUUUUUUAAAAUUUUAAAAUUAUAGUUAAAAAAGAAUGGCACAAUCAAAAAAAUCUUUAAAUUCUGCUAUUGAAGUCAGAAAAUUGAAGCUCAAAAACUUUAAAAAAACUGCCAUUUUCAGCCAGCCAAGUACGCUAAAAGUGCUCUAAAGACGGUGGGACUAGCUAACGAAACCUCUGGCUAUUUCUUCCAUCAAUGUCAAGUUGAAUUUGGCUUUAAAUUGGCACCAGGCUUCGUAUUGGACAUGCUUUCCGGCUUUGAAUCAAGGAAAAUAAAGAAGAGAUACUUGGACAAUCAACGAUUAUUGGCUCAAAGUCAAUCAUAA